CUAAAACCACUUUUACAAAGUCUCUGAUAGACGUGGGAGGAGGAGCGAGGAUGACAUUUAUAUCAGAUGAAGAGUUCUGACUGUGUCACAGCUGAACAGACGUCUCAUCGUGUCGGAGCAGCUGCAGAUGAGAUUCAUGAGGACGUCUUCACAGUUUUUCAGCUCUCAGUCAUGAAGAGGUGUGGACUGAUCCUGCUGCUGCUCUCAGGUUACGUGAUGGUCUGCCAUCUUCAGUCUGAUCAGUUAGUCAGACAGCUCCACCUGGUUGACCUGCAGAAGUCCUGGAACGAUGCUCAGCAAUACUGCAGAGAUGAGUACAUCGACCUCGCCAUCGUUAACAGCUCAGCUCUCAUCCAGGAAGCCCAGAAAAGGGCGGGGAGCACAGAGGCGUGGAUUGGACUGUUCAAGAGCGGCUGGAAAUGGUCUCAAACUGGUCCAGUUCAGUCAUCCUGGUUAAAUUUCUGGUUCCUGGGACAGCCAGGGACUGAUGAGUGUGUGAUAAUAACUGGAUAUGGAUCAUGGUUCACUUCACCGUGCUCAGCUCGUUAUCCCUUUGUCUGCUAUGACGCUGCGACUAACAAACACAUCCAGGUGCAGAUCUUGAUGACCUGGUCUGAUGCUCAGUCUUACUGCAGACAGACGUACACAGACCUGAGCACCAUCACCGACUCGCAGGACAACAGCCAGGUCGCUAAUACGAUGCAAUACUUUUCUAUGAGCUGGAUUGGACUGUACAGAAGUGGCUGGACAUGGUCAAACUCGAGCACAGCCUCCAACCUGCCGUGGGGGCCCGGGCAGCCUGAUAACAGCGUAAACUGUGCCACAAUAGUCGGAUCAACGGGCUCCUUCCACAGUCAUAACUGUGGUGGCCAACGCCCCUUCCUCUGCUCCAGAGAUGUCAAACCUUCAGCCUCGAGGUCAGUGAAGGUUCAGCUGAGGGCAGGAUCUGCAGACCUGAACGACCCCACAGUGCAAGAAUCCAUCCUGCAGCAGGUGAGGGAGAAGCUGGUGGAGCAAGGGAUCAGAGAGGAGGUGAAGCUGAGGUGGAGGACGCAGCCUGAUGGGAAGAUUUUCCACAGAGAGGAGGAGACAGCCGGUGACAGUGAGGAGGAAGACUGUGGGUCGGUUUAGUCUGAACGUUAUUGGCUGAUGUUCCUCAGAUGAUCUGCUGUGUAAUUCAACUUAUUUCCGUCUCUGUACUCUGACUGCUGGACUGUAGCAGCGUAGCUUUGCAUGACUGACAGUUGGAAAUAAUCCUUCUUUAUCCUAAGCUCAGAUCACAGAGUGUCUGAUGAGCUGUUUUAUGCCUCUUUGUUUCUUCUGAUUGGUGAAGCUAAAGUUUGCAGGUGAGCAGGUGAGCGGACCUUCUGUGUCUAAAUGUUCAUGAUAUCCUGUCUCUACAUAUGAAAGUUCAAGCGGAGAACAAAGUGAACCUGAGUGUUCAGAGCAGUCUGAUGUCUGAGCUUUUUGACUUCAUACAUCAUAUUUCAAAUGAGCACCCAGCAAUAUAACAGUAGAUAUGCCGUAUAUGUCAGUGAAUGGGGCAUUUAUGCUCUCUAUUAUGAUAUUAAAUAUACAUUUUUCUGUAA